AAACCACAUAAUUCUGAACAUUGAUCUGCCAGAAUGAUACCAUAUUUUCUGACAACAUUUGAAAAAAAAGUGACAUUCCAAUUCAGCUGAAAUCUUUAAUGAAUAUCUUAUUUUUUUUUUUAGAACUUCCAGACCUUCUGCAGAAAGUAAGGAGACUGAAGAGUUCCCCUACACCGUCUCCAAGCACCAAGCCUUCUGCUGUGUUGUCAACACCGAAGCCUGUCUCCCCAACACAGGGAAUUAGAAGAGCCCCUUUACAGGCCAUCACACCUGUGGCUCCAGAAAAUGAAAAUGGGGAAGAGGUGAUACAGUUUGGCAGUGCCUGCAUCUCAGCCAAAAAGCUAAAGAGCAAUGUAGGCUCCAGAUACAGCCAUCUUGUGAACUUCAUAAUGGAGGAGAUCUUUACAAAGGAGGAAAUGGCAGAAUGUAGCCUGACCGGUUCAAAGGGAAGGACAAAAACCGAGGACAUCAAACCAGCGCUGGAUGCUGAGAAAUUAGCAGACAUCAUUUCUUACACCAGGACCCAAUGGCAAGUGUCGGCUGAAGAAAUCAAGAAGACAGUGCGGACGAAGCUCAACAGCAUCCAUAAGAAGGCCAGGAAAGUCCCCACACCAGAGGAUCCAUGAGUUGUUUUCACAACCAUUGCUCAACCUUGUGAUUUUCGACUGUGAUUAUUAAAUUAUUAUAAAUACCAGGAAAAGGACAUUUAAAAUUAUUUUUAUUUUUUGA